AUGUCGAAGUUUUCGUCGAAAGGGUGGCGCUACGCGCGCUGCGGCCCGAUUGCCCGCGUGCUGCGGCAAGAGACGUUCGAUGUCGUCCCCGCGAAGGAGGACGUCGUUGUGGAGGUGCUGCAGGCCCCGCUGCACCGCGCAGACGCCGCUGUGGUCAACGGGACGGCGCUGGGGCGGCGCCGUCCCCCGCCCGCCGCCUUUCCGCGCGUCGGCGGUUGCGAGGGCGUCGGCAAAGUCGUCGCGGCGGGCGGCUCGCAGACGCUGCGGGAGGGCGACACCGUGUGGGUGGCGCCCGUGCACGGGACGUGGGCGACGCGGGUGGCGGUGGACGCGGCGGCGGUGCACAAGAUUGACCCCAAGUACGCUCCGCUCGCCGUGAACGCCGCCAACUACGUGGUCGCCCAGCACCUGCUGAACGGGUUCACGCGGCUGCGGAAGGGGCAGGUGGUGGUGCAGAAUGGCGGUAGCAGCGUCACGGCGCUGGCGGUGGCGGCCCUGGCAAAGCCGCUCGGUGUGAGGGUCCUCACCGCCUGCGCCACCGGUGAGCGCUUUGACGGGGCGAAGCAGCGCCACGCCAAGUACGGCAGCGAGGUCUUUGAGUAUAACGGGAAGGGUGCCCGCGCGAUGCGGCAGGCGAUCGGGAACGUUGGGGCUGCGCUGUACCUCAACGGGGUCGGCGGCCGCCACUUCGACACCUUCCUCGGACUUGUUGGCGGCGGGGGGCACGUGGUCUCGUAUGGCGCGCAGAACGGCGUCGGCUUAAUGUUUUCUGGCGCAAAUCUCAUCUACAACGAGGUGACGAUGCAGGGGAUGUACCUCCCCGCGUACCUCGCGGGCCUCUCCUACAGCGAGCGUCAGACGCAACUAGAAUUUGUGCUUCAGCAGCUUCAUUCCAUAGGCUUCCACUACCCGACUGCUGUGGCCGCCUCCCUGGACCAGCUGCCAAGCGUGUGGGAUGACGCCUUUGUGCACGGGGGGAAAAAGGGCGUCGUUAGCGUGGGCAAAUAG